AUGGCCCAGAAACCGGCGAAACUCGUCGACAACGACCAAAUCCAGUCCGCUAGUCUUCACAACCCUCUACCUAUCUAUCUCAAGGCAUACGUGUGGCCCUUCACGAUACUAUGGCCAAUCUUCCUUGCGUUCUAUCUCAAUGAAGAUCUCUACGACGAAUACAUCGAUGGCCAAGAAUGGACCUUUGUAUGGAUAGCGACUAUCACCACUCUUCAGUCCUUGGCCUGGCUCUCGACAAAAUGGAAUGUAAAUCUGGAUACCGCUUUUACUACGACAAAAGCCACAAAGGUUGAAAAUGCGCAGCUUAUCAAAGUCAUUCCUAUCGUUAAUUCCGGUUUGCCGUCGAUAUGCAAGUUGGAAAAGGGAAAAGAUGGCAGGAUCUUCUUCCUUUUCCAGAAGAGACGUUUCGAUUACUCGUCGGAGAAAGGCACAUUCGCACCGUUAUCGUAUACUCUGGACGGGCAGAAGAAGCCUUUGCUCCGAGAGUUCCAGCUGACCAAAGGUCUGACAUCUGCGGCCGAAAUCGAAACAACCCAGCAGCACUACGGGGACAACACGUUUGACAUCCCUGUCCCUACUUUCAUGGAGCUGUGGAAAGAGCAUGCUGUUGCACCAUUCUUCAUCUUCCAGGUCUUCUGUGUCGGCCUGUGGUUGCUUGAUGAUUACUGGUACUAUUCACUAUUUACGCUGUUCAUGUUGGUGGCGUUCGAGAGCACCGUGGUUUGGCAAAGACAACGAACUCUGAAUGAGUUCCGCGGUAUGAGCAUCAAGCCUUAUGAUAUCUGGGUGUACCGAGAAAGGAAAUGGGUGGAGAUCAAAAGCGACAAACUGCUUCCUGGUGACCUUGUGUCUGUCGGCAGAACCCAGGAAGAUUCUGGUGUGGCAUGCGACAUGAUUCUUAUUGAGGGGACUGCUAUUGUGAACGAGGCUAUGUUGUCUGGUGAAAGCACUCCGCUUCUCAAAGAGUCUAUCAUGCUCCGACCCGGCGAUGCACCAAUCGAGCCGGAAGGGCUGGACAAGAAUGCUCUACUUUGGGGCGGGACAAAAGUUUUGCAGAUUACCCAUCCUGCCGCUAGCGAGGAUGCACCGGACAGCAUCCCGACCGUCAAGUCAGGAGUACCCUCUCCGCCUGACAAUGGAGCUAUGGCUGUAGUCCUGAAGACUGGUUUCGAAACUAAUCAAGGAAGUCUUGUCCGGACUAUGAUCUAUUCCACAGAACGUGUUUCGGCCAACAAUGCCGAGGCUCUGUGGUUCAUUUUGUUCUUGUUGAUUUUCGCACUGGCAGCAUCAGGAUAUGUAUGGCAGGAAGGCGUUCGAAACAACAGAAAGAGAUCAAAGCUACUUCUCGACUGUAUCCUGAUCGUCACCAGCGUUGUGCCACCCGAAUUACCCAUGGAGCUGUCGCUCGCGGUCAACACUAGUCUGGCAGCCCUCAGCAAGUUUGCCAUCUUCUGUACAGAACCUUUCAGGAUACCCUUCGCUGGACGUGUUGACAUUGCCUGCUUUGACAAGACCGGAACACUUACGGGCGAAGACCUGGUUGUCGACGGAAUUGCCGGUUUAGGCCUAGGCAAAGCAAAUCGCCCGACUGAAGCUGAUGGAGCUCAAUCGACCAUUACGAAGGUUCCGGACUGUGGUGUAUACACAACUCUUGUUUUGGCUACAGCUCAUGCUUUGGUCAAGCUCGACGAGGGUGACAUUGUCGGUGACCCAAUGGAAAAGGCUACGCUGACAGCCCUCAAUUGGACUUUGGGCAAUAAUGAUACUUUGACAAAUGUUCCUCCAUCAAAGUCAAAGAAGGCACAUUCGACUGCGGGCGCAUCUCACAUCGUUCAGAUCAAACGACGUUUUCAAUUCUCAUCUGCUCUCAAGCGUCAAAGCUCUGUGGCGACGGUUUCUAUCACGGAUCCAAAGACGGGACGACGAGGCAAGGGUACUUUCGUUGGUGUCAAAGGAGCCCCUGAGACAAUUGCUAAGAUGCUCGUUGAUGUCCCUCCCAAGUACGAAGAAACAUUCAAAUACUUCACCAGAAAUGGCGCUAGAGUACUUGCCCUUGCUUACAAGUAUCUUUCUACCGAAGCGGAACUUGGUCAGAAACGUAUCAACGAUCUAAGCCGGGAAGAAGUGGAAGCUGGACUGACUUUCGCCGGGUUCUUGGUUCUUCAGACUCCUCUUAAGGAGGACGCCAUUAGAGCUGUCCAGAUGUUGAACGAAAGCAGUCACCGAGUCGUGAUGAUCACUGGAGACAAUCCCCUGACUGCGGUUCAUGUAGCGCGGCAAGUUGAGAUUGUUGACCGCGACUGUCUGAUUUUGGAUGCGCCAGAAGACGACGAUUCAGGCAAGAAGCUGGUUUGGCGCAGUGUCGAUGAGAAAACAAUCAUCCCUGUCGAUCCGACUGGGGCCAUCGAUCCAAAAAUCCUUGAGACGAAAGAUCUGUGCGUUACAGGUUAUGCCCUUGCUAAAUUUAGUGGGCAGAAAGCCUUCAAGGAUUUGCUGAGGUACACUUGGGUCUAUGCCCGAGUGUCUCCGAAGCAAAAAGAGGAGAUAUUGAUUGGGCUCAAAGAUCUAGGCUAUACCACUCUGAUGUGCGGUGACGGCACGAAUGAUGUUGGUGCUUUGAAACAGGCUCAUGUCGGCGUGGCACUUCUCAAUGGUUCACAGGAAGACCUCACCAAGAUCGGUGAGCAUUUCAGAACCACCAAAAUGAAGGAGAUCUAUGAGAAACAGGUUCAGCUCAUGAAGCGGUUCAACCAACCCGCACCACCUGUCCCGCCUGGAAUCGCUCAUCUUUACCCGCCUGGUCCAAGCAACCCGCAUCACGAAAAGGCGAUCAAGGCUAUUGCUGAGAAGAAGGGCAUUAGCCUUGAGAAUGGCGAUGCUGAAACUGGGGGCAUUGAGACGAUCACUUCACCUGGAGCCCAAGCCAUCCAACAGUCGAGUACCCAUCUCACAGCCAAGGAACGUCGACAGCAAGAAGCUCAACAGAAAGCUGCCAGUUGGGCGGAUAAAUUCACCUCGUCUAUGAUGGAAAAUGAGCUUGACGACGGCGAACCACCCACAAUUAAGCUAGGCGAUGCUUCAGUUGCCGCACCAUUUACCAGCAAGUUGGCCAAUGUUGUUGCCAUCCCGAACAUCAUUCGCCAAGGUCGAUGCACACUGGUUGCAACCAUUCAGAUGUAUAAGAUCCUCGCCCUCAACUGCUUGAUCAGUGCAUACUCUCUAUCCGUGAUUUAUCUUGCUGGCAUCAAAUUCGGUGACGGGCAGGUCACGAUCAGUGGUAUGCUCAUGUCAGUGUGCUUCUUGUCGAUAUCGCGAGCAAAGCCUGUCGAGGCACUAUCACGCGAACGACCUCAGCCAAACAUCCUCAACGCCUACAUCUUGGGAUCCGUCCUAGGCCAAUUCGCCAUUCACUGUGCUACAUUGAUCUAUCUCUCUCGAGUUGUGUAUUCUAUCGUUCCUCCAUCUGACGAGAUUGAUCUGGAAGGUGAAUUCGAACCCAGCUUGCUCAAUAGUGCGGUCUAUCUCAUGCAGCUUAUUCAGCAAGUCUCGACUUUUGCCAUCAAUUACCAAGGCCGUCCAUUCCGUGAGAGUAUCAGAGAGAACCGAGGCAUGUACUGGGGUCUCUUGUCUUGCUCUUUUGUGGCUUUUGCCGGUAGCACGGAGUUCUUGCCAGAGCUCAAUGACAAGCUACGCCUUGUACCCUUCAGGAGCGACUUCAAAUGGACAUUGACCACGCUCAUGAUUGUUGACUUUUGUGGCUGUUGGGUCGUUGAGCAAGUCUUUAAAUACCUCUUCAGUGACUUUAGACCCAAGGACAUUGCAAUCAAGAGACCGGACCAAGUGGCCCGAGAUGAAAAGCGCAAGAGAGAGAUCAUGGAGAAGGCCGAGCAGGAACGGAUUGCGGCAAUUGAGGAAAGACGAGGAGUCGCCAAUAGCACUGGGCCAGCCGCCGGACGCAAGUAG